CCUCACUUGGUAUAUUAUACAAACACCACUCUCAGGCAUUGAAAGUUCUAGAGUGACACAAUAUUGCAGAGAGAGAGAGAGAGAGAUGGGAAAUAUUGGAGAAGUGGGGGAGAUUGAGAGCUUUUCUUCUUUUGGUUCAUCUUCAUCAUCUUCAACAACAAUGCCUCUACUGUCUUUGAAUCAUGUCUCAUAUGUCUGCAAGUCUGUGAGCAGGUCUGUGAGGUUCUAUGAGGAGGUCUUGGGAUUUGUUAUGAUCAAACGCCCUUCCUCCUUCAACUUUGAAGGAGCUUGGUUGUUCAAGUAUGGUAUUGGCAUACAUUUGCUUGAGGCAGAGAAUCUCCCAACAAAGAAGGGUGCAAUAAAUCCAAAAGACAACCACAUUUCAUUCCAAUGCUCAGACAUGAAGCUCAUUAUGCAGAAACUAGAGGAGAUGAAUAUAGAGUAUGUUACAGCAGUGGUGGAAGAAGGUGGAAUUACAGUUGACCAGCUCUUCUUCCAUGACCCAGAUGGAUACAUGAUUGAAAUAUGCAAUUGCCAAAAUCUCCCUGUUCUUCCACUUUCAUCAUGCCCUCUCAAGCUGCCUAAAACUACUACUAAGAGCAGCAUGUCCUUCCCAUAUUAUGGUAAGGGAGGUAGAGAGGUGCAAUGCUCUGGACAAGCUGAGGCAUUGAUGAUGGAGAACUUGGUGGUGGACAUGAUGAACAUUUCAUUUUAAAAGAUUUCUUAGGAGUGAUUGAUGCAAUUUUCCUUUAAUUUUUUUUCAUGAAAUUGUUGGUGUAUAUGUUGUGUAAAGAAAGCGUUAAAGCUUUGUAGUGUGAGGAAAAGUGAAGAGACAGUCUAGCUCUUGGUGGUGGGAGUUUUUGUAAGCUUUGUUGUGGUAAUGUUGCAUUUUAGUGCUAUAAAUUGAUUGAUUGUCUACUUUAAUGUCAA